CCACAGCUAGUAGCGGCAACGCGCAAGAAUCGGGCAGUCUUCAGUCCGGUGUCUCCGGCUGAUUUUAGACUGAACACGUUUAUCGCGACGAUCGAUAAUCCCGCGAGCAGGCGAGGGAUCGAAGCCGCGGAAGUGCCGUACGAUACAGCGUUGUGUUUUCGCCGUCGCGAAUUAACCGUGUGUACGUACGCACGCUGUCGCGAGCGCGGGGAUGCGACGUCGCCGCGAGUAAGCGAACGCCGACGGAAUCACCGAUCGGAUUUCUAUCGCGCGAGAACGGCGCGCGUUACGGGAGAACACCGAACGUUGAAAGAGGAAGAGAGAGUGAGAGAGAAAGGAAGAAACGGAGCAAGUGCGAGGCAAAGAAAGAGAGAGAGAGAGAGGAGAGAAGAGACGAAUCUCGCGGUGGCUUGGACGACGUGAAUCGCUCGAAUGGCGCACGCACGACUCAGCUGUACGCGUACGCCCGUACGCUCGGUAGAAUAAUGCGUUUUCUUCCCGGUUCUCUUCUCCGGGCAACAGCGCCAGCCAACGUCGAGACGUGGACAACGUCGUAGAAAACAUGGAAUGUCCAUCAAGUGUCAUACAAAAUUCGGAUCAAUGCUACAUGUAGCCCUGCAUUUCAAUAGCUUUUAAUGCGACAGAAACUGUACAUUGUUGAAGCACAGUAAUCCAAACUCCUAUCAGGAGAAAUGGAUGCGGUGUGCGACGAAGACAGGCGGAGACGCCUGAGGGCUUUGGAGGAGCGUAUAAAGGAUCCAAGAAGUGUCACGAAUAUCGAUUGCUUAUUGGACACAGUUCAAGCCUUGGUGUUAGAUUGUGAUCAUGCAAGUGUGAAACGCAUGAAAAAUAUAGAAUCUUAUAUGAAUAGAUAUGAUUCUGUAGCGCAAGAGAUUCAUAAAAUGCGAAUGCGCACGGACGAUUUUACUUUAAUAAAAGUAAUCGGCCGUGGCGCAUUCGGAGAGGUGCAGUUGGUUAGACACAAAUCUACACAAAAAGUUUUUGCUAUGAAAUUACUUAGUAAAUUUGAAAUGAUUAAAAGGUCAGAUUCUGCAUUUUUUUGGGAAGAAAGGGAUAUAAUGGCACAUGCAAACUCUCCGUGGAUAGUCCAGCUCCACUUUGCGUUCCAAGAUCAAAAGUAUCUCUACAUGGUGAUGGAUUACAUGCCGGGUGGAGAUUUAGUGAAUCUAAUGUCGAACUAUGAAGUGCCAGAAAAAUGGGCAAAAUUUUAUUGCGCCGAGGUGGUACUCGCAUUGGACGCGAUACACCAUAUGGGUUUCGUCCACAGAGACGUGAAGCCUGACAAUAUGUUAUUGGACAAAUACGGUCAUUUGAAGCUCGCCGACUUCGGCACAUGCAUGAGGAUGGAUACCGAUGGCUUAGUGCGUUCCGAUACCGCGGUCGGCACGCCCGAUUAUAUAUCCCCGGAGGUUCUGCAAUCGCAAGGCGGAGAAGGAGUGUACGGACGUGAAUGUGAUUGGUGGUCCGUGGGCGUUUUCUUGUACGAGAUGUUGUUCGGCGACACACCGUUUUUCGCCGAUUCUUUAGUCGGCACGUAUUCAAAGAUCAUGGAUCACAGAAACUCGCUAUAUUUCCCUCAAAAUGUUGAAAUUUCCCAUUCGGCGAAGAAUUUGAUAUGCGGCUUUCUCACUGACAGAACGAAGCGUCUAGGCCGCAACGGCGUCGACGAAAUCAAGAGCCAUUUGUUUUUCAAGAAUGACCAGUGGACCUUCGACAAUCUGAGGGAAUGCGUGCCGCCAGUAGUGCCCGAGCUUUCCGGCGACGAUGACACCAGCAAUUUUGACGAUGUCGACAAGGAGGACGGGCCGGAGGAAAGUUUCCCGGUACCGAAAGCUUUCUCCGGAAAUCAUUUGCCUUUUAUCGGCUUCACUUAUUCGGGCGAUUAUCAGCUGCUGGCCGCUUAUGGCAAUGAGGCUGUGGACGGCCUGGAGAAUCAUGUCAACAACGGCACUACCGAUGACGCGAGAAUCUCACAGCUGGAGAUUUUAUUGGAUCGUGAGAAGCGACAGAUGGAGACGAUGGAGUCGAGGCAGAAGGCACUGAACACGCAAUUGGACGCGAUGACGCGCCGUGAGGUCGAACUGCGUGAAGAAAUCGGUAGAGCGGAUAAAGAGCUGACACUGCUUAGACAUAAUUACAAGGAAGCGCAGCGCAGAGUGGAACUCGAGACAGAGGCUCGUCGGAAAGCGGAGUCGCUGCUGGUGGAGGUGAAGAAGAAAUUCGACGAGGAGCAGACGAGACGGGCGCGAGAUGUCAGCAACUCGCAACAGACGUCCGAGCGAGUGACGUCGUUGGAAAAACAGAUCAAAGAGAUGCAGUGCAAGCUGGAGAAGGAAACGGAGGCGGUGACAAGAUUGCGCAAACAAGCGACGGAAAUCACGGUGGCGCGUCAAGCUGCCGAACAAAUGGCGAACGAGUUGCAAGUAGCCAGAGCUCAACUUCAAGCACAACGUGAUAAUUUGCAGCAAGAGGUUGCCACCCUGCAGGGCCAACUUUCCAAGGAACGUAGUUCCAGAUCGCAAGCAUCAUUAUUGACGGCCGAAUUGGAGACACGUCUUUCUGCCCUGCAUCUUGAGCUUGAACGUAGUCACGAGAAGGAAGAGAAGGCAACUUUGGACAAUAGACAAUUAACCGAAAGGGUUUCCGCGCUGGAGAAAGAGGCGGCUAGUUUGACGCUGGAAUUGAAAGCCGCGCAAGCCAGGUACAAUCAGGAGGUUGUGGCGCACCAAGAAACGGAGCGUUCGCGUAUUCUUUCCAACGAAGAAGCCAAUCUGGAGGUUGUCAAAGCUCUACAAGCGAAACUAAACGAGGAGAAGAGCGGAAGGCAACGUGCGGAAUUACUUGCGCAGGAAAAGGAACGUCAGACGUCAAUGCUCUCCGUCGAUUACAGACAGAUACAGCAACGAUUGCAGAAAUUAGAAGGCGAGCACAGACAAGAAAUGGAAAAGGUCAAAGUCUUGCAGGGCCAAGUCGAACAAGAGCAACAGAAGAGGAACGUUUUGCAAACCGACUUAGGGCAGCAGACAUCCGAAGCGGGAAGACUUCGCGCUCGCGAACAGCAACUAAUCGCAGAGGUUACUCAAUUGAGAGAAGCUAAGCGACAGAUAGAGGAAGAAUUACAUCACUUGAAAACACAAAGAAAUGUUGAUCAGCUGCAGACGAAGGAAUUGCAGGAGCAAUUGGAGGCCGAGGCUUAUUUUUCGACUCUUUACAAAACACAGACGCAAGAAUUACGCGAAGAACUGGACGAGAAGAUAAGGCUGCAUCAGGAGUUCGAGGAAGAACGUAACUCUCUGGUUCAUCAGUUGCAGCUAGCUUUGGCGCGCGCUGAUAGCGAGGCGCUGGCCAGAUCCAUUGCUGAGGAGACUAUAGCAGAUUUAGAAAAGGAGAGGACGAUGAAGGAGUUAGAGUACAAAGAUGGAGUGAACAAGCAUCAGCAAGAGCUAAGUUCGAAGGAGCACAUCCUAAACAGACUUAAGGAAAACGAGAGCGAAUUCAAGAAGACUGUCGAUCAGACUCUAAAAGAGAAGGAGGAUUUGAGCAAGCGAUUGAUGGACUUCCAAGAACAGCUCGGUAAAGCGCAAUCCAACGUGGAGGAAAUCGAAAAGCUGAGCAGCAAAUUGAAGACUGAGCAACUGCUGAAGCAACAGGCGGUUAACAAAUUGGCCGAGAUUAUGAACCGGAAGGAUCUUUCGUCGAGUGGGAAGAAUAAAAACAAGGCGUCCGCCGCAGAUCUGAGAAAGAAGGAGAAAGAUUGCAGACGCCUGCAGCAAGAACUCACCCAAGAGAGAGAAAAAUACGGACAAUUGGCAGCUAAAUGGCAAAAGGAUUUGCAAGAUUUACAAGCGCAACUCGUGGAGGAGAAUCAGGCGAAAUUGAGACUGCAGAUGGAAAUGGACUCGAAGGACUCCGAGAUAGAAACGUUGCAAAUGAAAAUCGCAUCGCUCAACUCGGAAACUGCCAGCGUUUCGUCCAUAGAGAACGACGACGGCGAGGACUCGGUUCUAUCCGAGCACGGCACGCUGAGACUCGAGGGCUGGUUAAAUGUGCCAAACAAACAGAACAUUAAGCGGCACGGUUGGAAGAAGCAAUACGUCGUUGUUUCAUCUAAGAAGAUAAUCUUUUACAAUAGCGAAAAUGACAAGAUGAAUGCCGAUCCGGUACUUAUAUUAGACUUGAAUAAAGUCUUCCACGUUAGAUCUGUUACUCAGGGUGAUGUUAUCCGAGCCAAUGCCAAAGAUAUACCCAGAAUAUUUCAGUUACUUUAUGCCGGUGAAGGUGAAGCAAGGCGGCCCGGCGACGAGGGCAAUACACUGCCCGGCGUGGAUUUACCACAGCUCACAGAUAAACCCGGCACUCAGUCGUUGAAGGGCCAUGAGUUCGUGUCAAUAUCUUAUCACAUGCCGACGACCUGCGAAGUCUGUUCGAAACAACUCUGGCACAUGUUUCGGCCCUCGCCAGCUCUUGAAUGCCGAAGAUGUCGCAUUAAGGUUCACAAGGAACACUUGGAUAAGAAGGAAGAUGCCAUAGCUCCGUGCAAAUUGCAUUACGACCCGAAUAGCGCCCGUGAGCUUCUGCUGCUAGCAGCAAGUCCAGAGGAGCAGAAGUACUGGGUCUCGCGGUUGUCCAGGCGUGUCCAGAAAUGCGGCUACAAAGCUAACUCGCACAUGGACGGCACAGGACAGCGCGUCUCGCCAAGAGAAUCUACGAGGUCGACUCUAAAGCCAUACUUAUCGGUGCAGCAACGAUCCGCGACAUUGCCAGCAAACGCCAGUAUGGGCAAGUGAUCUUGGAAGAAACUAGCAAUGAGAAUUAAAGACUCCGCUCACAAUUUGCUGUCCCAUUUCCCCCAUUAACGACGAUGUCAGUGAGGAUGUCGGAAUCGUCAUAACGAAAUACUACGACCUCGUGAUUUUUUCUGCGCACCCGGCCAUCGGAGUAGACUGUCAAUAAUCUUCUAGAUCAACAAUCGACAUAGCGAUCGCAAUCUUAAUGUUACUUUUACGCAGCUAAGAGUAAAUGAAACUCAAGUUCGAGAAUUAUUGGAGAAAACAGGGUUACUAUGCGUGUACCGGGCGAUACUGAGAGGAUGUGGUGUAAGAAGGAUGAUUUAAACAGAGAACAUCGUGUCCGGAGUUCUUUGCGCGCCAUUGUCAUUCCUGGAACACAUGAGUCGGAAAGGUAUGUCGUGUUUCUCUCGGAAUCGCUGAAUUCUUUUAUAGUGAACGACGAUGUUUAUGAUCUUCUUUUCAUAUGUUCGUGAUGUUCGCGACACGGACUGUACAUUUUUUCCAGGGAUGAUUGUAUUUACGUAGUGAUUUUUCUGAUUGGAACUAUAUUCGACUUUGUACGCACAUUUAUUACUGCCUUCGAUAACGAUUAACGAUCGUGACGGGGAUUUUUAGCUUAAGGCGUUUUUUCGAUGCUUUAAACCGAAAUUUCGGGAGUUUGGAAAGGAACAUAGUAUUUGGAAAUUAUUUUAUAUAUAUAUAAAUUGUUCUGAGACCGUGUGUGUCAGUAGGUAGGUGCGCGGGAGUCCUGCUUUUAACAUAACUUAGCGAGGAUUUAUUUAAUAUUUGAUAGUUGAGGCAUCUUUUGGGCGGCGAGGUCUCGAAAGGAAAUGUAAAUAUAACUAAAGCGCGCUCGAAGACCAACAUUUUUUAUCAAAAUCCAGCAAGUAGGUCAAUUUCGCAAGACAUUACGAGAAAGAAACAAUAUUGCGAAGUUGACCAGCAUGGGGCGCGUGUAAAAAGUAAUGCGAGUACACAACGGUGAAUGCCAACUUGUAUAAUAGAGAUAAUGAUUACGGUUGUAAGUUAAGAAUUUUUAUUAUGAUGAUACAGCAGUUAAAACGAGACGUCCACUGUAUCUCGACAGAGACAGAGAGAAAGGCAUAGAGAAGGAAGAAACUAGAAAACCGGGAAGACGAACUGAAAAAAGAAAAUUACGCAUAAUUGAGAGGCUUAAAAGCUUCGUCAUGGUGCCAUACGGCUUGGCCAUUCGUGGCAUCGAAGGAAGCGAUAAAAAGAAACAGGAAAAUAAGAAAGGACCUUAGAACCGUGUUAGAUAUUAUUAACGCGUCAUCGCCGUCUGUGUUCUUUCCAAAAUACCUCCGCGAGACAUCGCAUACUGUGCCGAGAACUCGUCGGAACGAGGAGAGCCGUUUUGCACCGACGUCAGUCAGCCAACUGUAGUUAACCACUUGUUCCCUCGCCGCACAAACUGAGCUCGUAGCGGUAUAAUUGCAGUAAUGUGAUUCUCUUUGCUCCAAAUAAGUUGUUUUCCGUUGUUUACACCUUCUUUCUAAAAACGAGAUAUAGAAAAAGGACGGAGAAUUGGUUCGCAGAAAUUUCGGUUACCUUAAAUUUACACGGAUGAUGACUGGAAUAAUCUAGAAAGUGGAAUCGAUGAUCAAAAUUAAGUUUAAACACUGGAGUUAAACGUUGUAUCAACAUUUAUUACGGCAAAUUGGCCAGUUAACUUUUAUUGCAUUAUAACUAGAGUUGGACGGGGAACGGAGAUUGGCUAACGAAUGUUGGUUAACUGAAGUCAGUACAAUUGGCUCCGAGAACUUAGCGAGACGUCCCUCAAAUGGUGCUCCCCUCCCAUCCAUUUUUUUUUUGGUUUGGCGAAACGGUGAGAGUGGACGAGAAGCUGUCGACAUGCUUCUCAUCAUUGUGAUGAUAAUUGGAGUUAAACAUGUGAGAGAGUAAGGUGCAUACUGAGAAGGAAAAGAAACACCAUCUGAUAUACUGCCCCGUGCCUUCUUCGCUAUUUCGAUCCUCCGUAAAAGCGGAAAUGGAAGAAAAAUUGACAAAUGAGAAAGCGUGAGAGUGAAAGAGGAUGAGAGGGUGAGAGGGAGCAUGGAUGGAGCAUGAAUGACAGAGAGAGAGAGAGAGAGAGAGAAUGAAUGAAAGAGAGUGAAUGAAAAGAGAGAGAAAGAGAGAAGAAGGAGAAGAGGAAGAACUUGUUACAGCAUAUUUUAUUAUUAUUUAGUUAUUUACAAUCUGUAUAUUAUUAAUUAAUAUUACGAUUAAAAGUAUUUUGUAGAUAAUAUGCAGCUCUCUUUGAUGUUGUUUUUAUGAUCACUGAUUGCGCGGCUUCGAUCUCUCAUGGUGAUCGCGUUUUGAAGCGAUUUUUUCGUAGCAUGUUUUUUUACGUACUUUGAUCGGACUGCGAUUGGUGGCUCAGAAGCUGUCCCGUUCGCGAUUAGUCGCGGACGAAUAGAACUCGUCUCAUCGAAUUAAUCAACUUUAUACGAUUCCAUCGAUAAUCUUACAAUGUAACAUUGUCAUAAUCAAAAGUUAAGUCUGAAGUGUCUUAAAUACGUAAUUAAGACAAAGCAAACGCGUUAUUUUCCUUGUUAAUGAAACUGUCUCUUAAGAAAAUGAAAAAAAAAAAUCUUGGGAAAUGAAUAUAUUUGAAUUUAUUUGUUGCGAAAAUUUUUAGCAGAAAGAUUUUCGUUUUCUCAUGACACACGCAAGAAUCACAGAUUCGCUCGCGACUGGUAAUAGAUUUUUUUAAAAUCAUUAUUUCAGACUUGUCUGAAAAUCUCGAUCAGAGAUUUAGAACCCAUUUUGGGACUAUUGCGAUUUUGGCGCGUACAAUUUAACGUACGAAUAGUCGUUAAGAAGUCUAUUUUGAGCCAGUCUUUUUAUUUGAAUCGGGAACAAGCCAGGGAUCUGAGAAAUCAAGAUAACCACAGCUUUAGAGUCGUUGAAAUUUUAUUUCGGUUACAUUUGAAAUUCUGCGUGUGAAUGAGAUCACGUGAAACGGGCAUGCGAAACAACACAAUGCAAGAACCGAAUAAUCCAUAUCGGUGAAUAAUUUUGCUUCCGAAUUCCAAGCUGCUCUCUGUAUAACGCUGUAAUAAGUAAACUCCGUGAGCGCGGCGCGCUCAUGAAAUAUUUCCUA